AUGGCAUCUUUAGUAGACAGAUUACCGAUUGAUCAGUUCACAGAAGUUAAUCUAUCACGAGAAUCAUGGCCUGAAAACGAUGAAAUUAUCGAUGAUAAUGACAAUUUAUUAGAUCAAUUGUCUGAUCGAUAUGAACAAUCUCGUUUGAUUCAUGACGAUGUAUGUGCUAGUACCUUUGUAGUACUCUGGUUGGGUGAGAAGCACACGUCUUUGACAGCUGCUUUUAUUGAAUAUGUAAAAUGUCUUGAUAUAACUUUUAUCUACUUUUCGACAAAAACACAAUUGUGGUAUUGGUUAAAUACACAUUCUUCAGUAAGAAUUGCUUCUCUAAUCAUCGAAACAAAGAUUAAUAUUCAAAAUGUUAUGUCCGACAGUCAUGCAUACAAAAAUAUUCGUUCAAUACUUGUUCGUUGUGAAACAAAUGAAUUAACAAUAUUGCAAAGAUUUUCAAGAUCUUAUAGAAAAAUUGAUGGUAUUUUUGCUGAUGAUACACGACUUCUUAUCAAAUUAAUCAUUGAUCUUGCACUUUUCUCAGAAGAAAUAGGUGAUCAAAAAAGAGAAGAUGAAAAUAAUGAAUUAGAAGCUCAACGAAAUUAUGAUCGGGCUCUGAAGCUUUGCACAUUAGUGCAGAAAAUUUAG